UCAUAGUGACGCAGAUGGUGCGCACAUGUAAGUUGUUGUUUGAAAUCAUCACACACAUCCAGUAAAGUAUAUAAAAAUAAUUAAAGUUAUUGUAUCAUAUAUAACACAUUCCACAAGUUAUUUCCGUUGCAUUAGUUUACUACACUAGUGCAGCUCUCCUAGGCGGUGAAAAAAAAAACGAAUUUAAUUUAAAAUCGCAAAAAAUGUUCUAUCUAAUAGGGUUAGGAUUAGGUGAUGCUAAAGAUAUUACUGUAAAAGGAUUAGAAAUUGUGAAAAAAUGUGACAAAGUUUUUUUAGAGGGCUAUACCUCAAUACUUACAGUUGGAAAGGAAGUAUUGGAAGAUUUUUAUGGUCGACCAUUGGUAUUAGCUGACCGAGAACUAUGUGAGAGUGCAAUCGAUGACAUUUUACUGGAAGCUAAAAAUGCUGAAGUAGCCUUGCUAGUUGUUGGCGAUCCUUUAGGGGCAACAACACACACAGACAUGUUACUGCGGGCUAAACAAUUUGGGAUUGAAACACAGAUUAUUCACAAUGCUUCAAUAAUGAAUGCUGUGAGCUGCUGUGGUUUACAGUUAUACAACUUUGGAGAAACUGUGUCAAUACCUUACUGGACAGAGACAUGGAAACCAGAUAGUUUCUUUGAGAAAAUUGUUGGUAAUUUCUCAAGGAACUUGCAUACUCUAUGUCUAUUAGAUAUUAAAGUAAAAGAGCCUACAGAAGAGUCACUUACCAAGAAAGUCCGGCAGUAUAUGGAACCAAAGUUUAUGUCCGUUAAAGAAGCAGCUCAGCAAUUAUUGCACAUCAUUGAAAAUAAUCCAGAUACAGGAAUUAGUAAAACCGUUACAGCUGUGGGGCUUUCUCGAGUCGGCGCUAGUGAUCAGCGGGUAGCAGUGAUGUCGCUCGACGCGAUGCAAAACUUUGACCUCGGCGCGCCGCUCCAUAGCCUCGUCAUUCCUGCUCCCAAUUUACAUCCGUUGGAACUAGACUAUCUUGCACAAUUUAAAUCAGACUGUUGACAAACUGAUAGAUAUUUUAUAUCGUGACGUUACUGUUGUUAUGGUUAAUAAAAAUAUUUUAUAAUUAAUAA